GUCAACGUAAAAUGGUCUACAAUACGUAAAUUGCGCUCACCGUACGAUCGUGCAUAUCGCCAUAGAUUGGAGUCGCGCGCACAACGCAGUCGUUCGGUUUAUUUGAAUUUCGAAUUAUGUAUUGUUUUUAAUCUCCAGCAAAAAGUUUUGUGUUUAUUACGGUUCUUUUUUCUUCGUUUGAAUUUGGAAGUGACUGUGUAAUUUUGUUUUGUUUUGGAUCUUAAAAAUUUGGUCUGGACAGUGCCGAAUGAAUUAACAAGAUGACACUGUCAACCAGCCGGCAACAGUUCCUGGCUUAUGAAUCCCAAACACCAGAAGACAUCCACUAUGGAAGAAGGGGAGGAAUAUUCAUAUCAAACUGCAUUUGUGUAACGUUCAUAAUUUUUGCCGUCCUUAUUGCAAUAAUUGUUGGAGUUAUUGUGCACUUUAUCACCUACUUCAAGCUCUCACAGAAAACGGUAGACUUUUGGGAUGAAACAGAGCCAUUUGGCCAAACAGGGGCACCAUCCCCUGACCUCAGACUCCCAUCAUAUGUAGUACCGAGUUUCUACAGACUCAAACUGAAAGCAGAACUAGAAAACUCCACAUACUCUGGCGAUGUUUACAUAACUCUAAAAGCCAGUAAGAGUGUCAAAGAAAUUAUAUUACACUCUAAAAACCUCAGUAUUAGUAGCAACGCUAAGCUUACAGAACAAAUAUAUGAAAAAGUUGAGACAUUACGGUCUUCUAAAGUAAAACGGGAAGCACCAGAAGCGAAUGUCACUUCCACCACAGACCAUGACACCACCGAAGUUCCCACAACAGGAGUUGCUGAUCCAACAAAUGCAACAACAGCAACAAUACUGGAAACAACUACGACUGAGAACAAUAUUACACCGUUAAAAACAGAUACAGUGCCAGCUCCUACUCUGUUAGAUACGGAAAUAAGUCAUAGUGCAGUGCGGACUAUAAAAAUUCUGUCCAUCACGGAAGGUACAGGAGACAGGUUAAUAUUGGGACUAGAGUCUGCGUUGAAAGCCAAUGUGGACUAUGUACUACAGCUGUCAUUUGAAGGUGCAAUCUCCAAUUCUUUGACUGGAUUUUACAAGAGUACCUAUGUUAACGACAAAAAUGAAGUCAAGAACCUAGGGGUCACGCAGUUCGAGCCGACAUCGGCGCGGUCCGCGUUUCCUUGUUUCGACGAGCCUGCGUUCAAAGCGAAGUUUGAGAUUAGUAUUGCGCACCCUGAAACGCUCACAGCGCUAUCGAAUAUGAAGAUAUUUGCGCAAGAACCUGUCCCCGACCAACCCGGCUGGCAGUGGACGCACUUCGAUAGAUCAGUCAGCAUGUCUACCUAUUUGGUCGCGUACGUGCUCUCCGAUUUCAAAUCCCUAGAGACCAGUUACACGAGCACAAACAAUGUCACCAUCCCAAUCAGGAUUUGGACGAGGCCAGAGUUAAUAGGGAAGGCGAAAUACGCGUCAGUGAUUACCCCAAAACUGCUAGAGUAUUAUGAAGAGGUUUUCGGUGUGCCGUAUGCUUUGGACAAAAUGGAUCUCAUAGCUAUUCCUGACUUCUCAAGCGGUGCUAUGGAGAAUUGGGGGCUGAUUACAUUCAGAGAAACAACACUACUGUUCGAUGAGGCAGAGAGCGUGCCCCGUGACAAACAGAAUGUAGCUAUAGACAUAGCGCACGAGCUGGCCCACCAGUGGUUCGGGAACCUCGUCACCAUGCGCUGGUGGACCGACCUCUGGCUCAACGAGGGAUUUGCCACCUAUAUUGAAUAUGUAGGAGUUGAUCAUGUGGAACCCGAAUGGAACAUGUUCGAAUCAUUCUCCCGCGACAAGAUGGACCUACUUCGCUCCGACGCCUUAAAGAACACAUCUCCAGUGUCACGGAAAGUGGAGGACGCGUCCGAAAUAUCGCAGAAAUUCGAUGAAAUAUCAUACACAAAGGGAGCCAACCUUAUAAGGAUGUUGAACCAUACAAUUUCUGAGGAUCUCUUCCAUAAAGGAUUGGUUAUUUAUUUGAAUCAAUGGAAAUACUCGAACGCGGAAGAGAAUGACCUGUGGUAUGCCAUGGCUAAGGCGACGCCAUCAGACCCGGCCCUCAAAGACCUCAACGUGGUGAACUUCAUGAACUCCUGGACCCGACAGGCCGGGUACCCGGUCGUCAGCGUAACCAGGGACUAUGAAACCGGGCGUGUUGAGUUUGAACAGCGCCUGUUCACGGCGGCCACAGAUCCGUACGAGAAGAUGUUGCAGCAGUUGUGGCAUAUCCCGGUGAGUUACUGCGCCGUGGGAGGGGCGGCCUCAGAGUCCUGCAGUACCAAGCCUCGGAGCUGGCUCCAGGCCCGCAAGGCCACCGUCACACUACCCAUCAACGAUACACAGGCUUUGUAUGUCAACGUCGAUGCCAUUGGCUACUACAGAGUCAACUAUGACAAGAAAAACUGGGAAUUAUUAAGCGUUGCUCUGAAAACUGGACAGAUAAAAUCGCCCAUAACAAAGUCUCAGCUUAUAGACGAUGCCUUUAACUUAGCCAAAGUGUCCCAACUGAACUAUAGUUACGCCCUUGGAUUAACAACUUGUGUAAUCAACGGAGAAGAUUCAAAAAUGGUCUGGGACCUUCUGUUGAACAAUAUGGCGUUUUUAAAGCAUAACUUAAGAGCCACCUCUGGAUAUGUGUACUUCCAAGACUACAUGAGAAUUUUACUGGCUAAGCAACUGGAGAAGGUUAACUACGGCCUGUCGAAACCGAAGGACGACAACGAGGCAUUCCUCAUUGAGAACCUCGUCAUGUGGGAGUGCUACGUCGAGUCCCCGCGCUGCUUGAAGUGGGCGAGGGAACAGUUCGAGAACUGGACCAAACAGGAAGAUGUUAAUAAUAACCCCAUCCCAAGCUACCUCCGAGGCUUAGUGUACAACAUGGUCCUCCGUCACGGCGGUCGGGCAGAGUUCGACUUUCUCUGGCGAGUGUUCCAGACCUCCUCCGACCCUAACGUGAAGACUCUUAUCAUCAACAACCUACCCAGUACGAGGGAGGAGUCACUUAUUACUUUGCUUCUCGAAAGGUCUUUAUCAGAAAUUCCGAAGCAGUACGCAGUGGCCGCUUGGAGCGUGGAGGCCCCGGUCGGGACACGACUCGCGCAGGACUUCCUGUUGCAGAACUUCCACCAGGUGUACGACAAGUUCACGCAAAUGGACGCGUUCAUGUUCCCCGCUGUACUCAGUGGGAGCUUCGGCUUCAUUUCCACUGAGGAAGAACUUACCCGGCUGAAGAACUUCGCUUUGAAACACAAGGAGCAGUUGAUGCCGAUGUCGCAGACUCUGCAGAAGUUGGUGGACACGGCCACGUUCAGGAUCGACUGGGUCAGGAAACACGCCGCCGGCAUCAGCAAAUGGUUCCAGGACUAUGUCUCCGGUAAAUCGACGCUAUCACAAAUAAGCACAGUGCCACCAGCUAUACCCAGCCCAGCUGGCAACUCCAGUACUACGCCGAGCGACGCUACGCCGAGUGGCACUACGUCGAGUGGCACUACGCCGAGUGGCACUACGCGCGGCGACCCUACGCCAAGUAAUACCACGACGCCCGCCGCAGCGUAACACUCACUCAGCGAAUCUAUAACUCGAUGUAAAUAUUUUUUAAACGUUCCUAAACUUAGAUAGCUGAAGCUAAAACAUUUUGAAAUGGCAGACUCCGUACUGUACUAAAAAAAAGUUUGUUCUAACCACUCUUUAACAACUUUUUAAGACAAGAACCUUACUAAAAAAUGUAUACUAAUCAUUGACAGCUUAAAAAUGAGUACCAAAAAUCUGUGUGUUCUUCCUUCGUUGGUCAGAAUCUCAAUAUAUUUUAGUUACUAGCGGCAAGUGUGCUAAAUUUAAAUUAUUUGAAUCACAACACUAGCCAUAAUACCACCUGAACUAGCAACAUUUUAGUUAAUUUACACUAUUACUUAAUAAAAAAUAACUUUUAAGUUCUUGUUUAAAUAAUAUAAUAGUUUAGUAUUAGACUUUGAUAUAAUCAAGCCUAAGAUGCGAGCUAGUCGCCAAAUAUUAUAAAAAAAAACUAAUAUUACUUGUAUUAAUUAUAAUUAAAACGUCUUCGUCAAUCAAAUACACAUACUUUCAAAGUAUUACGUUAAAAUGUAAUCAGAACAGUGUGCACGUUAUUUGGGCCUGACGAAAUACAAUAAAAAAUAUCGAUUUAAACCUCAACAAUCGAUUCUCGCUAUCGAUAAUUUCACAUCUCUAUUUCGAUUCUUUAAUGCGUUUAUAUUUUUAAUGUAUUAUUUAUAAGAAUUUGUAGCUUUUUAAUGUCUUUUAUAAUUAAAUUAUAAUAUACAUAUUUGCCAAAUUCCAAAUUAUAUUAUUGCUAUGUGGAUUGUGAAGCUAAAGCUACAAGCAUACUGUCACAAAAAUAUUUUAUUAAGAAUAUAUUGUUGGGCAAAAUUAUUGUACUUAUUUAAAAAAUGUUAUUAUAUUUUUUAUAAUUAAUUUAUUUAUAAAUUCUAUUCUAUAUUUAAGUGUUUUAGAAUCACAUGUUAGUUUUAGUACAAAUAUUAAAUAAGUUUAUAAUUAUUUUAUUUUUGUUACCUUUGUUGUGGCCAUAAUUUACACACGAGAUUUGUAUACGACAACAUCAUUUGAUUAUUAAAACUAGACUUUAUUGAAGGUGAAAAAACAC